AUGGGGACCCCCUCAGGCCCUCCCCGCAGAUGGUGCAUCCCCUGGAACAGGCUCCUGCUGGCAGUCUCACUCUUAAACUUCUGGCCCCCGCCCACCACUGGACAACUCCCUGUUAAACUGUUGCCCCACCUUGCCACAGAAGGGACAGAUGUUCUCCUACUUGCCCACAGUCUGCCAGAGAAGCCUCUAGGCUAUGCCGCCUGGCACAGAGGAGAAAGGGUAGACAGCACCCAGCUAAUUGCAUCAUACAGAGUAGAUUCUAAUGCAACUACCAAAGGCUCUGCCCACAGUGGUCGGGAGACACUUUACCCCAACAGGACCCUGCUGAUCCAGAACGUCAUCCAGGAAGACACAGGACCCUACACCCUGCCCGUUGCAAAGAACGAUUUACAGACAGAAAGACAAAUCGGACAUCUCUGUGUAUACUGUGAGUGCUUCCUCUCUGACCUCGGAGUUUGGGGGGAGGAGGGUGAGUUCUAUUCACACACUGUGGCGUUAAAAUGUGGAGCUGAGACUCAGAACACCUCCUACAUGUGGUGGAUCAACAAUCAGAGCCUCCCCAGCAGCACCAGGCUGGAACUGUCUGAGGACCACAGGAUUCUCACUGUACUUGCUGUGACAAGCAAUGACAGAGGACCCUAUGUGUGCGAGGUCAGGAGCCCAGUGAGUGUCAGCCACAGUGACCCAUUCACCCUGGAUGUCCUCUCCCCAGUGGCACGGCCCUCCCUCCAAGCCAGCAACACCACAGUCACAGAAUGUGACGGUCCCGUGGUCCUGACCUGCCUCGCAGAUGAGACUGGGGUCGCCAUACGCUGGCUCUUCAAAGGCCAGAAGAUGACAGAGGGGAUGAGCCUCACCCCCGACAACAGCACCCUCACCCUAGACUGGGUCAGCAGAGGGGACACCGGGAAUUACCAGCGUGAGGUCUCCAGCGGGGGCAACUCCAGAAUAAGUGACCCCCGUAGGCUGAAAAGAACGUGGCGAGAAAACAGCCGAGCCCUCAGUGUGGGGGCCAUUACUGGCAUCGUGAUUGGGGUCCUGCUUGUGCUGACACUGCUGGCUGUCCUGGGGCGUUUCAUUUUCCUUCACAGCGGGAACUGGCCCCCAGCGUUCACCUCAGGACGUGGUCCCUCUGGCAGCUCUGUCUCCCAGGCCUCCCUACCUGAUGCCAGGCCACCAGUUCCCAUCUACCAGGAAUUACUACGACCCGACACAGACAUUUACUGUCUUAUCAGCCACAAAGCAGAUGUGGGUCCUUAG